GGCUUGGCGCCAGCUGAUCAGCUGAGUACACUGAGUGAGUGCGGUCGCUGCUGUGUGAGUGUCUCUCCGUUUUUGAAGUUUUCUUAUUUCUGAAUAAUGUCAAGAAAGAGUGGUCGUCUACAAGCAAGACAUGAGAAAGCCGACUCUGAAAAUGAAUGUCCAUCUGUAGUUGCAACAAGGAAAAGGAAGUCUGACACUGUAAAUGACCAUCAACAGGACACGAAGAGACACAACUUUGAGAUCCAGAGCUGCUGGUCGCAGAUAACGGCUGGAGGCGCCACCCCUUGCGUCCUUAUUGAAACGCCACAAAAGGAGCUACCUGUCUCACCCGACGUAUCAAAAUUCACACGAUACCGGUUCCAGAAUCUCUUCAUAAGCCCAUCUCCUCUACCAGUACUUAGUUGGGGCAGCUCAAAGGAUGUCUGGCUGAAAAUGCUGAGCAAAGAGAACAAAUAUGUGCACACCAGCCGUAUGCUGCGGCACCACCCCUCACUGAAUACGGACAUGCGCUCUAUUCUGUUGGAUUGGCUAUUAGAGGUGUCUGAAGUUUACACUCUGCACAGAGAAACCUUCUACCUCGCUCAAGACUUCUUUGACCGAUUUAUGUUGACACAAAAGUAUGUUAGCAAAAGCAUGCUUCAGCUGAUAGGUGUCACAGCCCUGUUCAUCGCUGCUAAAUUAGAGGAAAUCUAUCCCCCUAAGCUGCAUGAGUUUGCAUAUGUUACGGAUGGUGCAUGCAGUGAAGAUGAAAUUAUGGAAAUGGAAUUGGUCAUACUAAAGGCACUGAAAUGGGAACUGAGUCCAGUGACUGCUGUUGCCUGGCUAAAUCUUUAUCUUCAAGUUUCUGCCCUUAAAGACUCUCCCAAAUUACUUCUACCUCAGUAUUCCCAGGAACAGUUUAUCCAAAUAGCUCAACUUCUAGACUUGUGCAUUCUCCAUAUUGCGUCACUGGAUUUCCACUACAGGAUCCUGGCUGCAGCAGCGUUAUACCACUAUACUUCAAUGGAAGUAGUUGCAAAAGCCACAGGUCUGGAUUGGGGAAGCCUUUCCAAAUGUGCUCACUGGAUGGCACCUUUUGCAAAAGUGGUACAAAGAAAUCCUCCAUUAAAACUGAAAGUGUUUAAGAAAGUCCCAGCAGACGGGCUGCACAACAUCCAAACUCACAUAAACUACCUCGACAUGCUGGAUGCUGUUCCACUGGAAGGACAAUCUCCAGUUUCUGUUGGUGGAAUCCUAACUCCUCCCAAAAGUACAGAGAAGCCGCAUUUAUAAGAAUGGAAAUCUCUACAGGGACAGUUUAUAAAGUGUGCCGUGCUGGCAGUGUGUUCCAGAUGGGAAAUUGCUGAUGAUGGUGAAGGAAAAAAGCUACAAUACAGCCCAUGAAUCUUCCAUCCUGCACUCUGCCUAAAUGCUUUUGUAUGUAGUUUACGAACUUAUUUAUUAUACCCCUCAUCCCCAGUGGAUGGGAAGUUGGAUGUAGACUUGUACAGACACUUGGCAUUAUACAGAGAGAACCAGGUCAGCAUGUCUAGGAAUAAGAGCUGCAUCCUUCAUCAUUUAGUGUUAUAUAUUUAUUCUUCAUAUGACUUGGAAACUGGGUCAUAUAUACUGUGGGGUAUACACCAAGCCACUGGCGAUGAACAUGGAAUAGGUGGUGACUAUCACAAGUAUUAAGCUGCUGCUUUGUUUUUUUCUUUUUUUUUUUCUUUUAAAUGUUUUAAGGUAAAGGCCAUUCUUAGGUCUAUAAUGCCUCACGUUCAAGAUCCACCAAAUACAAAGUGGAUUGGUUCAGUCUGUAUCCAUAUCCCAUCCUACUGACUGAAAAAUGUACUAUUCAGUGCCGAUUUAAUGGGUUUCAUAAGAGGUUAUAACAGGAUGGGCUGGUUAACUUUUCCUGACGUGUUUCGUAAAAGAUUAGUCUUUACUAUGAAAGUUAAAUGUUUUUUAAGUUUUGACAGAAUUCAAUAUAAGAAUGUUUUAAAGCUUGUUGUAUAAAUCGGUUUACUUGUGUUCUAAAAUGCAGACUGGGGUUUGGCAUUUGAACACCUCCUUUUUAAUGUAACGGCACAGCCCGGUCUGUUCCCCAUUCUCCUGGUGCUUCUCCCAUACUGUGAAACGUCUCCUGCAGUGAUUUUAUGAAAUGUGCCGCUGCUAUGUCUUAAUAGUUAAUGCCCGUAUAUUAUAGUCUGAUUUAGGUAUCAACCAUUUUCUAUAAAAACCUGUCGCCACAGUAUGUUGUAGGACAAAAUAAUAACUUGUACAUUUGUAAAUGUUUUGACAUGUAUAUUCUUCUUGGACACAUUUGUACAAAUUAUGUAAAUAUGUAUAAAAUAAACUGUUGCUAUUUA